AUGUCCACCACGGGGGAUGGAGAUCCGGCCCCUGGCAGGGAGGAAGGCCCAGCAGGUGCGGCAGGGGCACAGGCCGGAGCCCGCGAAGGUUCGGACGACAACUCCAGGCCUCGCAGGGGUGACGCCAUGCCUGAGGCCCAGGCGGGUGGUGUCGUGGGGGCCUCAGGAGGCCUGAGGGAGGCGGCCAUGGAGGGCCGGAGCCCCGAGGAGGACUCAGACAUCGGGCCGGCAGAGGAGGGGGAAGAGGAAGAAGAGGAGGGCGGCGUGGACCGCAUGGUGGACGCACGCCACUUCCCCAUGUCCAACCUCCACUUAACGUUGGUGCACCUGGUACACUCAAUGCUCAACCGUUUGUACUACCACAACCACGUCCUCAUCCGAGCCCCUGACGGCCAAGUGCCGGUCCGGCGCCAGACCCGGCCCCGCUUGUCUCAUCAGAGCUUGGCCGCCAUGGCCGGGUUCCCCGAGGUCCAGGUGCCGUCGGCUGGCGCGUCGGUUGGACCGGGGGCAGGGCCGGCGGAGGAAGCCCAGGAGGCCGAGGAAGCCGAGGAGGCCUCUUUACGGGAGAUGGCCCCCGAGGAGUCUGAGGAAUCCAGCUUGUGGGAAAUGCCGCAGGAGCCAGCCGCGCCUGCGGACAUCGGGCCGGCAGAGGAGGGGGAAGAGGAAGAAGAGGAGGGCGGC